AUCGGUUCUGGGGCUGAACAGGGACAGAACGAAAAGACGAGUGUUCUGCGGGAAGAAAACGCGCAUCGGGUGCUUUAUUUCCCUUUUCUACCUGCCGUAUGUCCACGUCCUUCCUUGUUUCCCCCCUGCUGAGAUGAGGAGUUAAUCAACACGGGAUCCACUGCUGAUUAAGAUUUGAAGUCGUUUGAAAGAGUUUGGACAGGACACAAGGAAGAUGUUGGGGUUAGAGGUCAUCGCCCUAUGUCUCCUUUUGGGAACCCUGACUCACGGCCAGAAAAAAGAGUGCUGGGAGAUAAAUCAAUGUCCCGUGGAGGUGUACUUCACCAUAGACACAUCUGAGACCAUCGCCCUGCACGAGCCGCCUCCUGGAGCGCUGGUGGAGAGCAUCCAGAAAUUCGUUGUGACGUUUGCGCAGCGUUUGGAUGAUGCGGACAUCAAUGGUGUUGUGCGGGUCAACUGGAAGAUGGGUGGACUGCAUUUCUCUCAGACCAAUAAAGAGUUCAGUCCCAUUGCGGACAAGAACACCUUUAUCAAUGGCGUCAGGAACAUCGUCUACCUGGGUAAAGGGACCUACAUCGACUGUGCCCUCGGCAACAUGACGCAGAGAAUGAUGCCCCUAUCCGCAAACCCCAACGUCCUCCGAUUCGCUGUUGUCAUCACGGACGGCCACGUAACCGGCGAACCGUGCAAUAAAGUCAAACCGGUUGCGGAGAAAGCGCGCGAGCAUAUGAAGAUCUUUGUCAUAGCGGCGUCUAAGAACGUGGAAGAGAACGUGCUGACGGACAUCGCCAGCACUCCUGCAUCCGUCUACAGGAGGGACUACAAGGUUGUGGAUCUGAGCCAAGGCAGAGCCACCAUACAUACAGAGACCAUUGACCACAUCAUCAAGACCAUGAAACAUCUGGCGUACGUAGAUUGUUUCAAAGCCACCUGUCUGGAGACAAAAGGGAGUGACGGUCCAAAGGGUAGCCCAGGACAAAAAGGAGCCAAAGGAGACAACGGCGACCCGGGUCUGAAGGGAGGAAGAGGUCGCCCAGGAGACCCUGGUAUCGAAGGUCCCAUUGGUCAGCCCGGUUCUAAAGGAGAACCAGGUCUUCUAGGCGACAAGGGAGAAUUGGGAACUCAGGGGAAAAAGGGUGGGGCUGGUCUUGCAGGACGCAAUGGGACAGAUGGACAGAAGGGUAAAUUUGGACGAAUCGGUGCUCCUGGCUGCAAAGGAGACCUGGGCGACAGAGGUCCUGAUGGUCACCAUGGGGACGUUGGUGAACGUGGUUCUCCUGGAAGUAACGGAGAAAAGGGUGAUCUCGGACGCCCUGGAAGAUCUGGAUCCCCCGGCGCAAAAGGAAACAAUGGACCACCGGGAGAAAUGGGAAGUCCUGGAUCACCUGGCGACCCUGGACAGAAAGGACCCGUUGGAACCUCUGGAAAUCCAGGAGACAAAGGAGAGCCUGGGAGAAGAGGAGACUACGGGAAAAAGGGUGCUCAAGGGCCAGAUGGCAUUAAGGGAAACAAGGGUGAAAUGGGUCCAGAAGGCUUGAGAGGACCUCCAGGUGAAUUAGGAAGCAAAGGAACAAAGGGAGACAAUGGCCUGCCAGGCCCCAGGGGACCGCCAGGGACAAGUGGAGAGGCUGGGAAAAAAGGUGCCGGUGGGGACCCUGGUGAUGCUGGACCUCGAGGAGAACCUGGACCGAUUGGACCAAAGGGAGAUCUUGGAAGACCUGGCUUCAGCUAUCCUGGAUCAAGAGGAGCACCGGGUGAUAAAGGAGAUCUCGGCAGUCGUGGGCCUCGCGGCAGCAGAGGGAGCUGUGGUCAAAGUGGGGCUCCCGGAAAUAAAGGAACUGCCGGAGACGAAGGUGUGCCAGGAUCUGAGGGUGAGCCAGGCCGGAGAGGGGAAAGAGGAGACCCUGGCCGGGAUGGAGGUCCUGGCCCUGAGGGUGAUCCCGGACUCACUGAAUGUGAUGUUAUGAACUACAUCAGGGAAACGUGUGGCUGCUGUGACUGUGAGAAACGCUGUGGAGCCCUGGACAUUGUCUUUGUGAUUGACAGCUCAGAGUCAGUGGGUCUGACAAACUUCACCCUCGAGAAGAACUUUGUCAUCAACACCAUCAACAGAUUGGGAUCAUUUGCCAACGACCCCAAGUCGGAAAUAGGUACAAGAGUGGGAGUCGUUCAGUACAGUCACAGUGGAACCUUUCAGGCCAUCCAACUCGACGACCCCAAGAUUGAUUCAUUAUCUGCUUUUAAGAAUGCAGUGAAGCGCUUGGAGUGGAUUGCCGGAGGAACAUGGACUCCAUCAGCUCUCAAGUACGCCUACGACAACCUGAUCAGGGACAGCCGCAGGGCCAAAGCCAACGUCAGUGUUGUUGUCAUCACAGAUGGACGUUUUGACCCCAGAGAUGACGACUCGCUGCUCACCUACCUCUGCAGUCAUUCCGGCGUUGAUGUAAGUGCUAUUGGUAUCGGAGACAUGUUCGACCAGAUCGAGGAGAAUGAGAGUCUGAAGAGCAUCGCCUGCCAGAAGGAUGGCAGGGUUCUGGGCAUGAAGCGCUUUGCAGACCUGGUGGCAGACGAGUUCAUCAACACAAUUGAAAACGUUCUAUGCCCAGAACCUGUCAUCGUAUGCCCUGAUCUCCCUUGUAAAUCAGGAGGGGGCGUCACAGAGGGGCAAGGCCCUGCCCCCUGGAUGCCGCUCGCCGAGGAAGGCAGCCCCUCAUUGGUCCCCACCUCUUUGGAGGGUGUAGCCAGUCUGCUGAACGGCCUGAGUGAGCAGCAGUACGGGGUUGGCGUUGCGACCAUGGCGUACACAGCCCAAAGAGCCAAACUUGCCGAGGGAGUGGACAGGCAGCACUGGACCCAGCUGUUCAUCAACUCCUUCAAAUACGUCUAUGGAGACAUAAUUGGAGACCCAGAGAAAGCCUUAGGACUCUGCUAAUGCCAACAUGCUGACCGUGCUACCUCCUCAUUGUGGUCACCAAUAGCCAAUAAGCUUACUGCUGGACAUAGAAUAGAUUUGAUCAGAUCUGUGGGCAUUUUCUAGUAAUUUCUCUAGUGGUGUAGUAUACUACACCCAUGGUGUGGGUUGAAUCCAAAAGCAUUGACUGACGGGAUGCUGGCCCUGUCCUUACAUUUCAGAGCAGCAUAAUGGGCCAAAAUUCUAAAUGUCAUGCUCCCUCUCCUCAUAGAAUAUUUUUGAAUCGAGGUACAUGGUACAUAGUAAUAUGUCUAAUAUGAUACAUAUCAUUUCUUCUACUCUUUGUGGAGGGACGUUUUCCAUUCGCAUGGAAAGUAGAUGUCAUUUGUUGGGGGCAGGUUGGUCUGUAGAGCCAUUCAUGUUACUCUUGAAUAGUGAACAGUAGCUCCUUGAUGAAGCUUUAUUUCCACUGUGAAUCACAAGCUCACAGAAUCCCUCAGAGGGCUUUUUUUAUUUUGUUUUUGCUGUUUUGCACACAUCCAUGGUUACGGCCUUCGCUUUUUUCUUGUGCUCCGUGAAUGAGUCAUCUUGGUGAAAAGGCCAAGACGUGUGGAAACUAUCUGGUUGUAUACACAGUUUACUGUAUAUGAGUUUUGAAGUUGGUGUAUGUUUGGUCAAUUGACUGACAGUGAAGGAACUAUUGUAUGUUAUGCCUUAUUUCUUGCAUGUGGCUUGGCUUGUAAAGUAGGACGACUAGGACGAUGUCCUGAUAUCAUUUUAGCUCUUUGAUGGAAACUUACUGAUGUGAAAAAUGUUGUUUUGUAUAACAUGUAUUCAUGUUUUAAAUUGCCAUCUCAAGAGAAUAAAAUCAUAGAGCAAAAUAAAA